CCGAAAAGCCAAGCCAUCACAAGCUGGUCCUUGCGAAGCCAUUUCACGAACUCAGUUUGGCUGCUUCAGUAACUUCAUCACCCUGACGUGUUGUGAUAGCCGGAGAUGGACGAGGAGUAGAGAUUGACUAGAAAGAAAGGACUCAAACUGUGUCUUCCACAAGAGAUCGUUUGUGGAUGAAAGUUUGAGAGUAACACAGUGAGAAAUGCUCAGAGAUGGAGUAGUAAACGUCUCUGUAUUGUCCUCCAUGGCUCUGAUACCAUGUGAACAACUCAAGAACUUGAAGACCAAGAGAGGACUUUAAACGUAUUUUCUAUUAUUUAACUUGGAAAAGGAUUACAAGGGUUUUAUGUUCUUAUAUACACAGCACACGAUCUUAUCCUUUGCUCACAUCAGCACUCGAUUGGAGACAAAUCCAAACAGCUAAAUCUGUUAGAGAUAAAGGUACCGUGUGCUAGCAUCUUCAGGUUUGUACGGCAAUGGUGUGAGCUGUUCUUUUGACUGAAAGAUGCUUGUGAGAGUUUAACGGCUAGUAGCUUAGUAGCAGGCUUGAUAAGUUGGUUAUGGGCUUGCUUCUCGGCUUUCACACGCAUACGUUCUAAUUCAGCUGGUGUCUCUAUAACACUUGUGCUAUUACAUCCCUGACAUGUGAUGUCUGCUCCGCUUGUUCCUCCUGAGAUGCUUCCACAGGUUCAGUUUGGUUUUCAUCCAGCUGCUCACGCCAAAGCUUUGAAUUGACAUUUGUUGUUAGUUGGAGACACUGUUGGUGCAUUAGUCUGGUCAAUCAAUGGUAAAGUGUGUUUGUUCCAUGGCUAUGCUGAACGCGGUAAUGUGAUCGUACGGAUCAGAAUCUCCUAAGAAAGGAGUUGAUUCUCAUCCGUGUGUAGGACCUUGACAUCAAUGAUCUUCUUUGCGAAGGGAGUUUUUUUAAGGAUACGUUCUAUCUAGCUUGUUAACUUAUGGAUUCUUCACAAUAUAUCCUAUGUUGUAUUCUGGAGAACGGAGAUUUAUUGGGUAGUCGCAUGAUUGAUCUGAUCAAUCUCCUGUUCGGCAGGAAGAACCGUACUGAACAACUGCCUUCUUCCGGUGAUCAUCAGCGGGUGGUGGCGUAAGAGCAGCGGUCAGAGCAUCUAGGUUCUCUUUUGUUUUUUUUUUUGUAACAUGUUGAGUAAAACAUUUCAUCAUGCCCAUCAUGGUAGUGAGAUUUGUUAUCGGAAAGGUAACCCUUGUGCCAGUGAGAUCUUCUCUGGACAUCUUUGAUUUUCUUUGGUGUUAUUUUAUAAUCCCCACAGUCAGCGCCCAUUGUUUAAUCUGAAUUUUCGUGUGCGUACAAAACGUAUGCACGAAUUUGUUGGUGAGUUACUGAGUGAUCUAAGACGGAUUACCAGAGAAAAGACAGAAUUUCUAUGAAAGAUGACAAACUCGGCAAGAACAAAAAGUAAGCUAUGAAAACAUUAAUCUUGUACUGAAUUGCAUGUGUCUGUGAUACCCUUCCUCUUCAUCGGUCUCUUUCCUUUAUAGCCAAUUAUUUUUCUUUAUUCUUCAUCAACUCUAGUUUAUUUUUUUUAAUUUUAAUUAAUUUUCUGAAUUUUGUUUUAUUUUCUGAAUUUUUAUUUAAUUUUCUGAUUUUUUAUUGGGCAAUUCUCAUAAAUAGACUUUUUAAAAUUUUCAUCUCCAAAAUAGCACCUUAAGCUAAAAAUCACAAAUAUAAUAUUCAUUAAUAGGCUAAAAGGCUUUAAUAGCCAUGCAUACAAUAUCAAGUAUAAUUAAAUUAAAAACAAAAACUUUUGCUUCUCUCGACAUUUCCGUCGACGAAACCGGCGACGAACACAGGCGACGACACCGACGACGACACCAGCGACGACAUCGACGACGACGACAUCGGUGUUAAAAUCACGACGAAUCUAUAUAUUGACAACACUCUUAACAGUGAAAUUGAAACUUACACAUGUAAGUUUGAGGUUUUCAAUUGUUAUUUGUAAUUAGGGAUUUUGAUUCAAAAUUUGUGGGUUUCACUUCAGUGAUGUUGCAGGAGCAUUUCAGCUUAAACAAAUGGAACCUUCUUCAUAUUCUCAGUGAAGCUUACCAUGGCUAUGGAGAUGAUUGUUUUUUUGUCAAGCUCUCUUCUUCACUAUUGUGGUUUCAGAUUUAUGGGCUUGGAGCUUCUAUUGUCAACACUUCACUUUCCCACACGGAUUUUGAUUUACGGAACAAGUUCUUGAAUCCAAAAACUCCAGCUAUAGGCACACACCAUCAAGAACGCAAAUGCUCAUCAGAGCAGGGCGGUUUGCAAUCUGAAGGCUUUUAGGGGACGGGCUGUAACAGGAACUCCUAUUCAGAAUGGUUCGUUUGAUUUGUACUCCCUGAUGGCGUUUCUCAGGUUCGAGCCAUUUUCCAUAAAGAGUUAUUGGCAAAGCUUGAUACAACACCCGCUUGGUCAAGGGAACAAGAACAGGCUCUCACGUUUACAGGUUUUGAUGGCGACAACCUCGUUGCGGAGAACAAAGGAAAAGAGUUUGAUUGGGUUGCCACCUAAGAUUGUUGGGACUUGUUAUGCUGAUCUUUCUGCCGAAGAACGUCAGAUAUAUGAUCACAUGGAAGGAGAAGCCAAAGGUCUUGUCCAGAAUCUUAUAAACAGUGGAAGCUUGAUGCGUAACUACUCAACAAUUUUGAGUAUAAUAUUAUGGCUUACACAGCUUUAUGACGAUGUUUCUCUUUGCCCUCCGGAGUUAAGGUCUUUGAACACUUUAACAUCUAUCGAAGAUGUGACUGAUAAGUCAGAGCUGCUGCAGAAGCUGGUUGCCAUAUUGCAAGACGGCGAAGAUUUAAGAUUUUGACUGUCCGAUUUGCAUAUCUCCACCAAGAGACAUCAUCAUCACUCAAUCUGCUGAUUUUUAAUAUAUAUACUUCUAAACUUUUCAUAGUAACUGCCUAGUAUUAUUAGAAAUCCUCGUUUUUAACUAGUUUAAUUGUUUAAUUUACAUUGAGCUUGUUUUGUUAGAGUCCCUGGCUUAUUAAGAAUAUUAAAUCUCUUUGCCUUCUCACUACUCAUUAAGAAGAAUACCCAAAAUUGAUGUGACUAAACACAUGCUUGUGCUUGUGAAACUGGUAGUGUUUUUAAAAAUUUCAGGAAGGAUUUAUGUAGUUUCAGGAAAGCCUUCCAGAAAAUCCAAUGGUAACAAAUUUGAAAAAAAAUUUGUUUGGUGUCUUGUUCUGUUUACGCAUGUUGAUAUCUUUGUUAGGUUCGUGAAUUUGCUUAUGACAUUGUUAGUCUCUUGUUGCUUGUGCUUGUGAAACUGUGUAGUGUUUUUUAAAAUUUCAGGAAGGAAUUGUGUAGUUUCAGGAAAGCCUUCUAAAAAAUCUGAUGGUAACAAAUUUGAAAAAAAAAUUUCUUGGUGGCUUGUUCUGCUUACGCAUGUUGAUAUUGCAUGUUGAUAUCUUUGGUAGGUUCGUGAAUUUGCUUAUGACAUUGUUAGUCUCUUGUUGCUUAUUCUUGUGAAACUCUGUAGUGUUUUUAAAAUUUUCAGGAAGGAUUUGUUUAGUUUCAGGAAAGCUUUCAAAAAAUCUGAUAGUAACAAAUUUGAAUUUUUUUUUUGCUUGGUGUCUUGUUCUGCUUAUUGAUAUCUUUGGUUGGCUCGUGAAUUUGCAUAUGACAUUUUUAUUUUCUUGUUGCUGCUUGUGCUUGUGAGACUGUGUAGAGUUUUUAAAAUUUCAGGAAAGAUUUGUGUAGUUUCAGGAAAGUCUUCCAGAAAAUCUGAUUGUUUGGUGUCUUGUUCUGCUUACGCAUGUUGAUAUCUUUGAUAGGCUCGUGAAUUUACUUAUUACAUUGUUAGUCUCUUGUUGCUUGUUCUUGUGAAACUGUGUAGUGUUUUUGACAUUUUCAGGAAAGAUUUGUGUAGUUUCAGGAAGGAUUUGUGUAGUUUCAGGAAAGCCUUCCAGAAAAUCCGAUGGUAACAAAUUUGAAAAACUUUUUGCUUGGUGUCUUGUUCGGCUUAUGCAUGUUGAUAUCUUUGGUAGGCUCGUGAAUUUGCAUGAGACUGUGUAGAGUUUUUAAAAUUUCAUGAAGGAUUUGUAUAGUUUCGGUAAAGUCUUCCAGGAAAUCGGAUGUUAACGAAUUUUGAAAAAAAAAAUUCCUUGUUUACACAUGAUAGAAACAAGAUGAGAGAUUCAGUACCUCUCAAACUAGCACUGCCUGAGCUAAAAUAUCCUAUUGGUUCAAAGCCAAAAGAAAUAUUGUCAAUAAACCAACAUUCAAGCUCUGCGUAUAUCAAAGGGCGUUGCUAUCUAUGAAAGAUUAAACUAAAAAAAUUGAAAUGAGAUAAAAACUAAGGGUGUGAUAUCAUCUCACGCUCGUUUUUUUUGUUUGGUUUAUGUGUAUUUGGUUCCUCACUUUAUUACUUAGGAUACAUAUAGUCCAUGUUUGUCUUUACAAUUGGAAAAAUUUAAAUUGUGAUAUCUGCAUAUUUGGAAGAUUUCAAAUUGUGAUUUGGAAUUUUGGAGAUAAAAAAAAAAAUUUUGCAUCUACCACAAUUCGAACCCAAGAUAUCUGGAAAAAGAAGAAAAGCGUGGAAACACUAGGCCAAGUGUGUUUCAAUUGUUUGUUGAUGUAAGUAAAUGAAUAUAAUGCAUUGAUUUUUAUUCAAUUAAAAAAAAUAAAAAGUGAUCUGAUUCCAAGGGGAAUCAAACACGGGUUGAGGCAACUGUUUGUCAAGUUUCGGUAGAGCGGAAGUUUAGCCGCUAGGCUGAGGAGAAUCAUCUGUUAUUAGCUAAAACAUUAAUGUAUUUAACACUAAAUUUUAUAUUAUAAAUGCUGGAAAGAGUUAUGGAAUUUCUGGAUGGGUUUCCAGAAUAGUUGAAUAUUAGUGUUGCUAUCUAUGAAAGUUUAAACUAAGAAGAUUGAAAUGAGACCAAAAAGUAAGGAUGUGAUAUCUGCAUAUUUAGAAUAUUUCAAAUUUUGCAAU